UUUUUUCCCAACUUGCUCGCCUCAUCUUGCUGCUUUUGCCGCCGCCUGGCUUGCCUGGCUUGCGGGUUCAGCGCUCCCUCCGGCAAAGCACGUUCGCUUGCUCGGUUGACAUUGCCAAGCGCUGUGGCGGUUGGAUACUUGGUUGGGGCUGACCUCUGUUCCCUUGUACAUUACCGAAUCAGCCGCGAUGGCUCAGCAAAAGGUCGCUGUCGUCCUCGGCCUUCAGUGGGGCGAUGAAGGCAAAGGCAAACUUGUUGACGUUCUAGCCGAGGACGCCGAUGUGGUGGCCCGCUUUGCCGGCGGUAACAAUGCUGGUCACACGGUCGUGGUCGAUAACAUCAGCUACGACUUUCACCUGUUGCCCAGUGGUAUUGGCCACGCCAAGUGCGAUUGUGUGAUUGGCAAUGGCGUUGUCAUCCACCUGCCCGGUCUUUAUGAAGAGGUCGAGAAGAACAUGGCCAAGGGCCCACACCUUCAGGGUUGGCAGUCACGCCUGAAGAUCUCUGACCGUGCCCACCUCGUUCUUGACCUGCACCAAAAAGUGGAUGGUAUGAAGGAAGAAGAACGUGGGCUGGAUAAAAUUGGCACCACCAAGAAGGGUAUUGGUCCAACCUACUCGUCCAAGGCUAUUCGUCACGGCCUGCGCGUUUGCGAUCUCAUGGGCGACUUUGGCAUCUUCAAGCAAAAGUUUUUGCAAGUCGUGGAGCACUACCAAAAGUUGUUUCCUUCUCUUGAAGUGGAUGUGGAUGCUCAGCUCAAGGCCUUUGAAGGAUACGCCGAGAAAGUGCGACCCAUGGUUACCGACACCACCCUUUUGGUCCACCGCUACCUCAAGGAGAACAAGCGUGUCCUUUUAGAAGGUGCCAAUGCAACCAUGCUGGAUCUUGAUUUUGGUACUUAUCCCUACGUCACCUCCUCAAGCUGCUGUGUGGGUGGCAUUUGUACCGGCCUGGGUUUGCCUCCGCAAGCCGUUGGUGAUGUCUACGGCGUUGUCAAGGCAUACACCACGCGAGUUGGUGAUGGCGCUUUCCCCACUGAAGACUUUGCGGAGGUUGGCAACUACCUUCAAACCAAGGGCCAUGAAUAUGGUGUGACCACGGGGCGCAAGCGUCGCUGCGGCUGGCUCGAUAUGAUGGUGGUCAACUAUGCUUGCAUGAUCAAUGGCGUCACCAAAAUCUGCUUGACGAAGUUGGAUGUGUUGGAUGAGCUGGAGACAAUCAAGAUUGCCGUCGCGUACAAGAAGGGCGGAGAGGCGCUGCUGGGCAUGCCUGCAUCACAGCAGGUUCUGAAUGAGGUCGAGGUUGAGUACGUUGACAUGCCUGGCUGGCAGACCAACAUUUCUGAGAUUCGCGACUUUGAAGCCCUGCCCACACAGGCCCAGGCUUAUGUUCGCAAAGUCGAAGAGUUGAGCGGUGUCCCUGUCAAGUGGAUUGGUGUUGGCCCAGCGCGCGAGGCUAUGAUCAUUGUUCCUCCGCGUCAGUAAACCACAAAGCACGUGUUCUCCUGACUCGAUCCACAUCAUUUACCCACCCGUCCCUCGGUUCUUUUCCUUUUUUUUUCUUGAAUGUUUGAUUGUUUUUUCACGACUCCGUUCUUGUCUGCACUGUUUUCGUUUUCCUCGUCCUCGAAGCUCUUACCUGAAACACUCCACGAUGAUGUGUCAAUACUGUGUGCCGUUCGUGUUAGUUUUCCCCCAUUUUCACUUGCCUUCCUUCUCUUGCCUGGGAUUUCACCUCUCCUUGCUCAGUUUUUGUGCUUCCCCAUUUGCUUGCUCUGAACUUUUCUUCGGCAUUGUGCAACUUUUAGCUGUGUUGGGACGACUUUGACUGUGUGGUUGCUGUUUGCAUCGUUUUGCCACACGGGACAAUUGCCAAUCGAUUUUCAACAC